AUGUUUGUUUUAGCUAUUCCUGAUGAAAAUGGUUAUAAUUAUUUGAGAAGUGUUUGUUUAACUUAUGAACAAUGUCGUAGUGAACAACAUACGAAAAUGGUUGAAUUAAGAAAAAAGUUACCAUGUAGUGAUGUCGAAAUAAGAUUAGCCAAGAAACCAAAUCCUGCCGCUACAAUCAACAAUUUAAUCAAAUUUUGCUUCAAAGAUGUUGAUUUAACAGAAAUGUCGUAUGAAAAAUUAAAAUUCAAGAAUCCAUCAUUAUUAUUGGAUAUACAUGAUUUUGUUAAAUGUAUACAUGCACCUACACCUAUACCUCAAUCAAUGUUCUCAGGUACAAUAUCAUUAAGAUGUCGUCAUCUUCGUGACAGUAAGAAAAAUGAAUCUGUUUCAAAACCGACAAAACGUAAACGAAAUCAGUCAGAUAAUAUUCGUGAAGAAAGAACAAAACAAAAUUACAAAACGGUUCAUGACACAGAACUUGAACAACCAGAAGAUGAUAAAGAAAAUGAUGAACAUUUUUGA